CAAUCAUAGCAGGAUUUUAUUUAAUAAAACCUCAGAAAACUUUUUUUAUCAGUAUCUUUCCACAAAAUCAGUGAAAAAUAUUUAAAAAAUAGCUGGACAAAAUGAAUUUAUUGCUUUUAAUAAUGUUCAUAAUGAGUACUUCACUGUGGAUUCAAACAGGAGCUAUCAGGUGUUAUACAUGUGAUCAGUGUUCAUUACCCGUUAAAUUGGAACACUUCGAAAUAGCUGAUGACUGUAAAUACUGCAAAACAAUAGAAUACUGGCGUUACUUUUCGGGAGGGAUUACUACAAGACAAUGUGUAAAACACUGUAAGACUGUAUCUAACUGGUUUUACUGGAAUCUCAAAUCUGUACAAUUUACAGUUAAAUGCUGUACUGUAGACCUAUGUAACAAAGGGAAUUUUAUCACUGUUAGUUCUUACCUUUUAAUAAUUUUUCCUUUACAGUAUAUAUUAUUGAAGUACUAAGAUGUUAAACUCUUGGCUU